AUGACGAGGAAGGGGAGGAUUUGGUCGAGUAUGCUGAUACUCGACCGAACUCGAUCGAGCUGGAACAAAACCCUGAACCAGAACUCGAUCGAGCUGGAGAAACCGAGACUCAAGACAAACCAGAGCUCGAUCGAGCAGAAGAAAACAGACAAAGCAAGCUCCAGCCAACCAACUAAACCUGUUGCAAAGAAGAAAGACACUCCAUCAGGACCACCACCAUACAAACCCCCUCUACCCUUUCCAGGAAGGUUCAAGAAACAACUGUUGGAAGCACACAAGGCCAAGUUUGAUGAACUAAUGAGACAACUUGAGCUGAAGUUGCCUUUCAUCGACGCCUUGAUGCUCAUUCCACCUUAUCAAAAAUUCCUGAAGGAUGCUGUUCAGCAAAGAACCAGGGAAGGCGCAAGGAAUGGUAGUGUUGACUCGAUCAUCUGUCAGCCUCAUGCCUUUGUCGUAGCAAAGAGACUGGGAUAUCACAAGUAUCAAGCCUGCGGAAUCUCACUAGUCUUGGCAGAUAGAUCGAUAAGGUUACCAACUGGAAUGCUUGAAGACCUGCCUUUGAGAAUAGGGAAUGUAGAAAUCCCCACCGACUUCAUUGUGCUUGAGAUGGAUGAGGAACCAACAGAUCCAUUGAUACUAGGAAGGCCAUUCCUAGCUACAGCAAGAGCAAUGAUAGAUGUCUGUGAAGGCACAAUUGAGCUAAACUUGGGAAAGGACCUAAGAUGA